UUGGCUCGAGCUGUUCUUUUUUCUUUCGGGUCUCGGUCCGGACAUUUGUCUGUGUCCAGUGACACAGAUCAAUGGGUUCUUCCAAUGCCAAGGUGAUGGCGGUGAUGAAGGUGGCUCCCGACUUUGCUGACGUCAGAUCCAGCGCGGCUCGCGAGGGUGUCCUUCCGAGCGAAUGGGAGGUGCUGAGGAGAGAGUCGUCGUCUUGGCGCCGACUUCAGACGGUCGCGCCGAGGGGUGUGAACUUACCACCCGACAUUCAAGACCAUGAAGCACAUGUGAAAGAUCUCGAGAGGUUCCUACGACGCAUGGCCCUUCGGCCAAAGAAGUUUACCCAAAGCGUGGAGCAGAAACGCAUUCGAACUUUUGGUGAGGAUUAUGCUGAGGAGGCCGCGUUUCCUCGGCAGAUGGGGCGAAGCUGGGGAAGCCUCCGAGUCCUCGGCAAGUUGGCACGGUCGUCCAGUGCCGCCGUGCCGCUUCGGUCAUGGAGUCCGAAAAGGAUGGCAGCCCUCCAUGUUCGUGUGAGCUCUUUCGUCCGCACUUCGUUUGUUCGAAUUCCUUCGGAUGUGGUGCUCAACCAGCGGACCAGCUCAAAGAGCUCCACCAGCGGACUGAGGGCGUCAGCUGCGCCGACCGGGUCCGCUGCUUCGGCCGUCCGAGUCGCCGCCUGUGGCCCGAGUCCGCUCGUCACUCCAGCGAUCCAGGGCAGUCAAGGUGUCGACAGUGCACAUGUUGAAACAACUCCCAGUGGAUCCCAGUUACCACUAUAUAAGGAACCAGGGAUUCUAUGGUUUUAGUCUUUGGAACCACUGGUUACCAGCGACAUCGUGGUUUGCCUGAAUGCCCUGCGACUGCCAUUGACCCGAAGUCACCGGGGACUCGGAGAUCUCGGAGGCUGCACACGAAGAUGCAGAGAAGAUCCAAAAGAAUCACUUUUCUGUCAACUUCUCUGUGUGCAGCAGAUUGCGUCUGGUUUGUGGUUUGAACCACCAACCAGCAGUGGAUGAAGACUAUCCUAGUUUCGCGCAGGUCGACUCCCGCGCUUUUUCCCCAGUUCCUCUCUGAGUGCUGAGUUGAAAGCCAGCUCUCAAGCUGUCUCAGCCCAGGGAAUUUGACCCUCGAUUGAGGAGAAAGUGUCAGAUACCGCAGUGUUUUGUGCAUUAGAUGUCGGACAGCAAGACCUUGCUGUUGCGGCAGUGGUUGUCCGGACUCUUCACCUGCUGAAAACGCCAGUCGAUUCCUGCUUUUGACGUGUGAACGUCUGAAAACCGUGGCCAGGCUGAAAACCUGGGCAUCCAAACCAAGUAGUCAGGCACAGAUCUCAUUGCUGGGUCUGGUUUUGAGCC